GCCGUACUGACGUAGCAGUGCGCAGGCGCAGUCCCGGCUCCUGGCGGCGUGUUCCUCUUUUCUUCGGUUCCCAGUGUUCUGGCAGGUAAGGAACGCCGGCUCUUCGCCUCUCAGCGCGGCUUGUCCUUUGUUCCGGACGCCCGCUCCUCAGCCCUGCGGCUCCUGGGGUCGCUGCUGCAUCCCGCACGCCUCCACCGGCUGCAGACCCAUGGCCGAGCGCGGGGAACUCGACUUGACCGGCGCCAAACAGAACACAGGAGUGUGGCUAGUCAAGGUUCCUAAAUAUUUGUCACAGCAAUGGGCUAAAGCCUCUGGAAGAGGUGAAGUUGGGAAACUGCGGAUUGCCAAGACUCAAGGAAGGACUGAGGUGUCAUUUACUUUGAAUGAGGAUCUUGCAAAUAUUCAUGAUAUUGGUGGAAAACCAGCUUCAGUCAGUGCUCCUAGAGAACAUCCAUUUGUCUUGCAAAGUGUUGGAGGACAGACAUUAACAGUAUUUACUGAGAGCUCAUCAGAUAAGCUAUCAUUGGAAGGAAUAGUGGUACAAAGAGCUGAAUGCCGACCAGCUGCCAGUGAAAACUACAUGCGAUUAAAAAGAUUGCAAAUAGAAGAGUCUUCCAAACCUGUGAGGCUAUCACAACAGCUGGACAAAGUUGUAACAACCAAUUACAAACCUGUUGCUAAUCAUCAAUACAAUAUUGAAUAUGAAAGGAAAAAGAAAGAAGACGGAAAGCGAGCUCGAGCUGAUAAACAACAUGUUUUAGACAUGCUAUUUUCAGCCUUUGAGAAACAUCAAUACUAUAAUCUUAAGGACUUGGUGGACAUCACAAAACAACCUGUGGUGUACCUGAAGGAAAUCUUAAAAGAAAUUGGUGUUCAGAAUGUAAAAGGGAUCCACAAAAACACAUGGGAGCUGAAGCCAGAGUACAGACACUAUCAAGGAGAAGAAAAGAGUGACUAAGAAGACUCCUAGCCAGCAUGCUAGUGAAACGACUAGCAGCGAUGCUAUGCAAAAGGCGCUGAUACUGGAAGGCUUGAACACCGUAUGUUAAUAGGGGUUAAGUGACAGUACUUUCAUUUCUUUCGGUAAAUUUUUUAAACCUGUAAUUCUUGUAAAGUUUCUUAACUGUUUUUUUGAGGAGAAAGAACAAAUUUAUUUAUAGACUUAACUUGUAUUAAACCAGAUUAUUCACAAUAGGAAUAGGGGUUGGAGGAUUAAGAGGGUUUUUCUUAAAUAUUAGCUUUUAAUGUGUACAAUUAGGAAAUUUUUUUAAGUGAGGACUCUCUACCCUUGCCGUAUCUAAGGAGCUGAGGUAAUACAGAUCCAAGGAGAAUUGUAUAGCAAGAAAAAAACAGUCAACUACAGAAACUCUUAAAAGGAAUAAAAACCCAAAGUUCCUUAUUUUGAAAUUGUCAAAGAACAAAGCGGUGUUUUUCUUUUAAACAGGUGAUCAUGUUUCGUGUUCAUACUCAACGUUAAUAAAAGGAGAGAGUUUGUAGUGAAA